AUGAUAGAUAUAAAGAAGGAAGUAGAAGAAACAGAAUCUUUUGAUUUAGUAGAGCUUGUAAGUUGUGACAAUAAAGUAUUUCGUAUAAAGCGUGAGCUUGCAAUAAUAAUUCCAGAAAUACGUGAUAAGAUUAAGGAUAAACAAAGAUUUGUAUUUAAUUAUAUUGAAUCGAGAUUAAUGGAAAAAGUUAUUGAAUAUCUUGGAUAUAGGCAUAAAUAUUCAAAUAUUAAUAUGCCAUCUCCAGCUUUUCAUAUUGAUGAAUCAAUUGUAAUGGAUCUAUUAAUAGUUGCAGAUAAAUUGGGUAUUUAG